CCUGAUGAAGUUCUCUGUAUUUGGGGCCCCAAAUUGAAAUCUGUCUACGCAAUCGCACGGCCUCUUGUAUUCGCAACUCCCGCGUAAGCCCCCUCAAAUACCAAAAUUGAAUGAUUGCCUCCCAACACCUGGCCACCGUUUGUUUCCUUGCCCAUCCCCAAACGUAUAAAAAAGAUCUCUUUGGCAGACACGUUCCUCACUUUCUCCCCUCUGGUCCUACUACACACAGAAUCACUGCAAAACUUCUCAAAAUGGUCAGAAUUAAGGAAAACACGUUCCAAACUUCUCUCUCUUACACCCCGAAGCCCGUCGGAACCCCUCGAUUUUCCAGGUCAAUCGUUCAAAGUACCAGGACUGACGGAUAUUGGGUCGAGACCUUUUGGGUUGACCCAACCGAUAAGGCUCCGGGCCUCAUUGGGUGUGAUCCUUUAUUCCUUCUAUUGCCACUAUUGGUGGAGACUAAUGUGUGUAAGAUACGGCUUGACCACCGGUAAUAUCUCACUAUUCGAUAAUCCCAUCAACACGGGUGGCACGGCUACCCAAGGUAUUUUCUCCUUAUGCCAUACAAAUCCCGUGUACGACUAACUUGCAAUGAGCAACACAGAAUGGGCAGAGACAAUUAUUACCUGCGUCAGCUCUCCGAUGGCUGUGGUGUCAGCGGAGAUUGCAGGAAACGGUAGGAAAGAUGUUGUAAUUUGUUAUGACUUCGGAAAAACUCUCCUUGAAACUAAUCCCCAUGGGGGAAAUAUCUCUUGGUUCGAGAACCCUGGGAGAAGCGAUGACGGGAAAGUCCAUGGCGCAUGGGCAUCGAGGUUUGUCGGUAGAUGGGAGGGAAUGUAUAGGCUUAAGGCAGGCUAUUUUACCCAGAGGAGUUUUCUUGAGGUUGUUGGGAUUCCGGGUAAGUUUCUCGCACUACCUAGGAUAUUAGUAAACGUCAACCGCUAACCCUCACAGCGGUUCAUGCAACGGGUGACAUUGUAUGCUAGUUGAUGCUACUACAGGAUAUUGUGCUGCAUGCUUACGUUAAUAGGAAACACCAAUUCCGGUCAUCUUGUUUCAAAAACCGGAGAAACCCCUUAACGCGUGAGUUUCCUGUCGCACCGAACUUAAGAUUCAUAUUUGCUCAUCCAAUCAGUAUUGAGUGGAGACGAGACAUAAUCGACGACCAUCAUUUCACAAUUGUUCAUGAUGCAGCGCAAAAGAAGUAUGAGUUUUUCCUUUUUUUUCCCCCCUUAAGCGACAGUUCGAAGGUUAACCAGAGGUAGAUUUGAAAGUCUCAACGGCCGUGAUUCCUUGUUUGUUGCGUCCCGCGAGGGAAUAACUUGGCUUUGUAGGUCUUCACUGAUUGUCACUCGCUCAACAAUUACUCAUUGCUCCAUCUGCAGAUUACGAGAACAACCAGUGGAAGUGUCAGAAUAUCUCUCCUGGUGUGCCACGAGAGCCAGGGAAAGAUUAUUAUGGAUCUGCGUGCGUUGAUGUAGCAAAGCUCGGCCCGGAUCCAGCCGGAUACGCUUUGACUGUUGGGCCCUUCCACGGUAGGCUCUAGUGAAUUAGGUUCAGCGACCGAGCGUGGCUAACCCGUCUUAGGAACUACGGUGACUGGACUCGUGAAAAAGCAGACUGGUCCUCAUGCAAAUACGUGGGCUGAAUUCGUGCUUGACACUUAUGGAACGCCUGAGCAACUCAAGCAAGGUGGCAAAGGCAAGAGUCCCCCCAAUCUCACAGUGACCCUCACUAACUCUACCAAGGCCCUGGGCACUACGUUGUUGCUGCAGAUUUUGACGGUAGAGUUUUCCGCUGUUUUCCGACAAUUCUCGCAAUGGAGCACUAAUCCCUCACAGGUGAUGGUGAUGAUGAGUGUCUUGUUGCUCUUUUCGGGCCAUCCCCGCAUCAGGUAUAUUCCACCAGCCGGAUAAAAGUAAAGGAGACAUUGGGCUAAUUACCCAAGGGUGUUUAUUAUUAUAAAUUGAUUGAUGCAGACAAUGGAAUUUUUGCAAAAUGGAAGGUUGCAGAGGAGUCGGCGGGUCGAAUCGCGAUCGGGUGAGUCUCUAUUUGGACAGUUGGUCACCAUCAGUGGCUGACCUCUAUCAGUGAUUUCAACGCUUCCGGGAAGAUGGACUUUGCCACAAUUGUUUAUAAUGUGCCCGGUCACUACGAAGGACCAAACCCCAAGGUUCAUCUUUACCUGGAUUCUUUUCCAACACCCAAAGUUCACGGGUCCACCGCAAAAAUAAUUUCGACAAUAUGGGCCGGGGAACCGUUACUUUAUCUACCUAAACCCUCUGAUACCUUGGCGCACCAAAAGUCGUCCCUCCUUGAGAUCGCAGGGUACAAGGUUGAUUUAGAAGUUCUUCCCCCGAAAGCGCAGAAAGUGGCCGGGAGCCGAACCGCUGUCAAAGUUUUAUACGGUGAUUUACUCGACGAAUCUAAUCCUUCCGCCAAUCGCCGUGCCUUGAGUGUGCCUCAAUACCAAAAAGACACUACCAGGCUUAGACCUAACUCGAUUAUCACCACUAGGGAGGGGGUAAUCUUCCUAUCUUUCACCCCAGUUUCAGAAGAUGGGCCCAAAAGGUGGAAGAACACCCCCGACAUCCCCGUCAGAACGUUGUUUCAAUCCACAUACGGUCAAUUGAAACUUCCGGCCGAUUUUAAGUUUAUUAAAGUCGAGGACCUGGCCUGGGGUGGCGAUUUCAAGGGAGUGGACUUUUGGAACCUUACCGGCGUGGAAUUCAGGUUCUUGGAUAAGACACCACUCUGUCAUUUGCAAUUCUGGACGGCUGGUAAGUGCUUAGCCUCUUCCACUAAAAACUAUGUUAACGAAACUAGGCAAGGGCGUUAGCGCAGGUGUGCACAACCACCAAGAUGCAGUAUUCCUAGAAGUCCAUGUAUCCAUCUCCGCUGGGACCGGGGACGGGGGGAUGUGGCGCGUGAAGCCCGGUGUCUCAGUGGACCCCGAGAAUCCCAAUGGUGUUCCCCCAGAAGCUUUUGAAAAACUUCCGCUGGCAGAUUGGGAAGAGCAAGGCGGUUUCUGGGAUCGGGAUUGCAAAGACAAUCCUAUCCAUAGAGCCAGCAGCGCCAUUAGCUAUCCGUGGCAUAAGUGGCAGGCCGGCACUAUGGACGAUUACCUUGAUAUCUGGGCGGCUGUCGAGUUUAACCCCUGUAUAAAGUAUUGAUGAUUUAGCUAGGCUUAUCAUGUCGCCGAACACAUACAUGAUGGGUGUUUUCUGGGUGGUCAUCAACGCAUUACUAAUUAGUUGUCUCCAUGUUCAUUUUUAUAGAGAUUCAAUGUCCCCUAUCCUAAUUUUAAAGUGUUUUCUUUCUAACAACUUGUGAAAAAGGCAAAAAGGUGGCGGUGGUGUAAACGCAGAUGUGCCGAAGUGGGAUUAAAUAAUCGAGAUUUAGUAGACUAUAUGUGAUUGAGGUUGGCGCCCCCGGGUAGGUGGGACUCCCACGGUGGAGCAUAGUGCAAACACUUAUGUGGAGGACUGCAGUGCCCAGGGAGCCACACGAGAUAGCUGGCGCCAUCAAUGUAAAUACGAAUCAUCCACUGUAAACGUAACCUUAGUCCAAAAAUUAGAUUUAAUGAAGCGCCUGGCAUCUCGAACAAAAUAUCGUGGUUUGGUUGCUGAGAGAGGGAUCGAGACCCGUGACACGGAGAAGCGGAUGUUGGCGGGGAGAUGUUGUCCGAAAGGUUGUAGUCUAACCCUAGAGUAGCCUUGGGGAUAUGAUAUCACAGGCAGACAGGCAUUCCUUAGAUUGCCAAGUUAACCAGAAGAAGUACCGUACUCGAGUACUGUAUUGGCUGAUCCGGCGUACUCGAGUACGGUUCUCUAAGCCAAGAAAGGUUCUGUUGUGCGAGUAAAGUGUGAAGUCAGGAUACCGGUAUCCGGGAAGUCGCUAGAAGCCCCUUGCCUUUGACUCAUGCUAUUUAGAAGACAGUUAAGGGUGAAGGUGUAAGUUUUUCAAGUGGAAUAUAAAACCAAGACCCCAGGGUGUUUUCCAAAAAAAAAAAAAAACAGAUGAAAGAAGGGAACCUGCAGUCCCAAAGGAAUAGCCGUGGAUGAAAUGGAGACCAAAAGUUUUUGUUAGGAAACUAAUUGGGAUUAGCGCAUCUCCCUAAUCUGGCACAUGAUAAUCAAGGAAAACCUAGCGCGGGUGACCCAAAUUGACGCCUCUGGAGGCGCAAUCGGGCGGGGGCUAGGGAGAUAUUCCGCUUGCAUUAGUUUACCAUAGCGACCAGUGUCCCAGACCUGC